AAUGUUAGUACCCCAAAUAAACAACUUGAUAAUAAACAACAGCAAUCUCCAACACAUCCAAGACAGCGUAUUCAGUUUUAUCAGGAUGAACCAACUAUACCACAACCACAACAAUCAGAUCAAUCACAAUUACAAAAUGUAGUUAAAAAUGAAUUACCAUCACAAUUACCAACACCAUAUCAUCAGUUUGAUAGCAAUGGAGAACCCAUUGCAGUUCCGCAAUUUUAUCAAACACAGCCAUCACAAAUACCAGCACCACUUCAUCAAUUUGAUAGUAAUGGGCAGCCAAUAGUACCACAAUUUUAUCAAUCACCUCCAUCUUCCGGACAAAAUAUACUAUCCGAACAACAACAACAACAACAACACCAACAACAACAACAACAACAACAACAACAACAACAACAACAAUAUUAUCAACAGCCAUAUGAACAAACACCACAACCACAACCACAAAUGAAGGAUGAAGUUGAUAUUGAUUUUAAUGGUGUGGAGCUAAUUAAUGAAAAAGAUUGGUUUAAAGAAAUUUUAAAUUAUCAACAACAAAACAAUCAAUUGCACAGCAAUCAAGACCAAGAUAUAACUCAAUAUAUUAAAAAUCAUAACCAAUUUAGAAUGAAUGAAAAUUACCAAAAGAAAUCUUUUACCCAAGAAGAGUUAAAGUCCAAUUUAGAUUAUUCAGCAAUAAACCAAAGUGUAUUAGCAUCAUCAAUCCUAAUGUUAAAUAGAGCUGACCAAUUUAAUAAAACAAAUUUACCAAAUGGUUUCCUUUUAUCACCAUUUCACCAACCAAUAACAACACCCCAAUCAUAUGACUAUCAACCACCACAAUGCAAAAGUUGUUUUUCAUAUAUAAAUAUGUACUGUGAACUAAAGGAUGGUAAAGAUAAAAAGAACAAUAGCAAUAGAAAAUGGAUAUGUUCAAUCUGUAAAACCUCAAAUGAUAUUUUAGAAACAAACAAUGGUUGGUGGAAAACUCAACACUACAAAUCAGUAUUCUCAUCAGAAACAUUCGAUAUUAAAAUUAGAAAAAACAAACAUUCACAAGUUAAAAAAUUAAACAAUAAAAAUCCAACCAAAUCCAUUAUUGACCAAGAUAAUUAUGAAGAAGAAGAUGACGAAGAUGAUGAAUAUUUUAGCCAAAGACAACAAAAUCAACAAUCUUCAGAUCAGGAAGCUAGUGCAGAACAUUCAAAUAUUUAUUUAUUUUUAAUUGAUGAAAAUAUUUCAACUACAGAUUUAAAGGAUAUAAACAAAUCAAUUAGAUUAUUAAUCAAAGAUUUACCAAAUAAUAGUAAAAUUGGGUUAUUAACAUUUUCAAAGAAUAUUUCAAUUUUUGAAAUGAGUGCAAUUAGUGUAAACGAAAAGAGUCAAGAAGGAUUAUUAAGCUUUAAUUCAACAAGAUUGGUUGGCGGUAGAGCAUCAUUAGAUAGAUCAAAUAAAUAUGAAAUACAAAGAAAAAGAAGACUUUACUUGGAAACAAUUUUAGAUAGUGGUAUUGAAGAAAGAUCACCAAAAUUAAAUUUAGUAUUAAAUAGUUUAUUAGAAACAUUUGAAAACAAUGGCACUUCAGUUGUAUACGAAAGCAAACAGAUAUCAUUGGGUGUAGCUAUUGAAUGUGCACUAAGAAUAGUCAAGGGUCAAAAUGUUAAUAGCGGAAGGUUCUUUGUAUUUUUAAAUGGUGCACCAGAUUAUGGACCAGGAGCUAUACCAAGAUCGGAUGAUGCCUUAUUUAUCAAUUGUAGCAGUGGUAAACGUAAAAAUGUAACAACUGAAGAAAAAGCUAUUUUAAAUAAUGCACUACAGUACUAUGAGGCAUUGGGUGAAAAAGCAUAUAGAAGUGGCUUUGCUAUUGACUUACAAUUGAUUGGCUACAAUAAUUUUGAAACCAAAAUUCUUGCACCUCUUUGCCGUCCCUCAGGUAUAAUGUCAUGUUCAUUAGAUGUUCAUUCUGUAUCAAACAAUAAAUACCAAACUAGAUCAAAUAUACUAUUUGAAAAUAUGAACAAUGCAAUCAUUAAAAACUCUGGUAUUUUUGGUCAAUUAGAUAUUCACGUCCCAGAGUUCUUAAAUCUCACUCAUUUAAUAGGGCCAACUAUAAAUCCAGCUAGUGUAUCAAAUAACAAGAAGGGUGCAUCACAAGAACAAUUCAUUGAAAAAGAACAAGAUUUUAUUUAUGCAGAAGAUGUCGAUAACGAUAGAUAUACAAGUUUUGUAAUUUCAAAUCUACAACAAGAUAUUUGCUUCUCAAUUUAUUUUAAUCUUUCAGAGGAUAUACCAUUUGACCAUAUCUAUGUUCAAUUUGUAACCCAUCUAAUUAAAUCCAAUGGUAUCAAAAUUACAAGAGUUAUCACCAAACAAAUUAAGGUCACUGGUAAUUUUGAAAAAUAUUUAUCAUCUGUUGACUUUAAAGUUAUUGCAACUUUAUUAUCUAAAAAAAUAAUUUUACAAUCAAUUAAAGAUCAACAACCAGAUAGCUCUGAUACUGGUAGUAUUGCCAAUACAACUCAAUUUGAAUUAGAUAAACAAUUGGCCAAAAUUACCUUGUCAUGCUCAAAAGUUGAAAAAUCAUGGUUCUUUAAAAAAACUGUUAUUAUACCGGAUUUAAUUAAAAGCUUUAUUAAUUUAAUUUAUAAAGUUAGAAAGAGUUUAAUAUUCGGCCAAAAUAUUCAAAAUGAUGAUGAUUUAACAAUUUAUCAAAACUAUUUAUUAAAUUCAAAUUUUACAGAUUGUCAGAAAUUAUUAUUACCAAAUUUAUUACUAAUAGAUGAUAAUUGCCAAUUUAGAAAUAUACCAUUGGAUGUUUGUUCAAUAGAUUCAAAUGCCAUUUUAAUUUUAGAUUGUUUUAUAAAUAUCUAUAUUUUGGUUGGUAGCGACAUUGAAAAGAGUGAUAAUCAAGAUAGAUUAAAUUUAUUAGAUAGUUACAUAAAAGAAAUUAUCACACAAAGAUUACCAUCACCCUAUAUUAUCAAAUUUAACGAAAGAGAUCAUGAAGUCAGAUGGUUAAAAUCAUUAUUGUCAAGUUCAGAAUCAUACCCAAUAGAUCAAAGAUUAGAAAUUGUCAAGGAAAUUUAUCCACAAUUUCAAAAUGAAACCAAUCAAAACUUUUUAGAAAGAUUUAACGAUCCUUUUACCAACGAUCCUUUCACUCCUUCAAAUUAUUUAAGAGAAAUUAAUACUAAAAUUUAUGAUUAUUUCAUUUAAAAUUAUAAUAAAUAAAUCUAUAAAAAAAUUUUAAAAU